GUAACGCCAGCACGGAAUGUCGACGGCCGGCGACGACGGCGGAAGGAUGUCGCUGAAAGAAGACGAAGUGGUGCCGUGUGAAGCUGUGGCGCGUGCGGCAUCCGCGUCAGAAGGUGGAGGCAGAAGGAGUUUGUCGUCUCCGUAUGAGGGCAGGAGAGCAUCCUCGACAGCGAGUAGCGAUCACCGACAGCACCGCCCUCUGUCCGUCACCGAAAAGGACGAGGUCGGGCUCUUGAAGAUGGAGAACGCGAUGCUACGACAGAAAGUCCUGGCAAUGGAGCAACAGUUCGAAGACUACGCAAAAAAGGAUAUGGCGGAACACUCGGACGACCUCGAUGACGUCAACGACCUGCUGCGCAUGGCCGAGUUAGCCAAGCACGAGGCCAAAGCAUAUUCACAAAAUACUUCGCGGGAUAAGAUGCGAAAGGAUAUCCACAUUUUGCAGGCGAUUCUGAAAAAGGCCAAAGCUGAGCGCAGCGAGUUCAAGAAAGCCAUCAAGCUGAGUGAAGAACGGUUGCGCUUCGAGUGCGAAAAGAAGAAGGAAGAGGGCCUCAAGAACGAAAUCGACAAAGAAAUCUUUACCAAGAUCAUUAAAGACGACCGGGAUCGGUACCGACAGCAAGUGAUGGAGCUAACAGACCGGAUCAAACGUCUCGAGCGUGAAAAGUACGAAGUGUUUCUGUGGGCCAAGCACAACCAAGACAAUUGCAUGCUGGAGAUGCGAAAGCUCACGAGGGCACUGAUCAAGGCCAAGAAGAUGGCCGACGAACAGUCACACGACAGCAAGGAAUUGUAUGAGCUGACGGUGCGGGUCAAGCAAGUGCUGCAUAUGGCAGACACCACAGAGACAUAACAUCAGUAUUGAAGUCGAUCAAUUCGUCAUGGCUCG